AUGGCGACCAUGAACAUUCCCGUCGUCCUGAGCGCGGGGCUUCUUGUGCCAAUUUGCGGUUGGGCCAGGGGGGCAGGGGACCUUAUGUCCGAUGUGCACUUGAUCCAGACGCGUGUCGUGGACCAGCACGGUUCAGACGCGCCGACGGACAGAUCAUUGGGCGGACGGGACAUGCGCACCGAGCGCAUGCAGGCCGCCGGCUGCGUCGACGACGACGCAGGAGCCAUCCAGUUUGCAAACGAUCAUGCACGGCUCAACGACGUCAGCGGUUGCUCAGAUGUCGGCCCGUAUUGUGCAGACGCGAAUUUGUCGAGCCAAGUUUUGGCAUUGUGCUGCGGCACCUGCCGGCAGGGCCCUGGACCAAAUCCGGACGCUGUGCAGUGCCAAGGUCAUUCCGAUUGCCAGGUUUCGGAAUUCUGCUACGACGGUACGUGCGACAGCUGCAGCCAGUGCCAGUUUUGCUCCGACUGUAACUAUGUCGACGAGUGCGGGCAUUGCGGGGCAGGAUUCCCGACGCAAGAGACGGCCCCGUGCCACUCCCAGAACUAUGUGGUCAUCCAGGGGGACCGCAGGGUCACGCAUGCGUGGCGGAACCUGUCUUCGGAUGAGGAGCUGGUCUUUCACGAGAGCAAGUUCGUCGAGCUCGAUAAGGACAACUCGUCGACCCUGGACGUGGACGAACUCUUCGGCACCCUCAUCGGGCAAGACGUCGCCGCGCUCGAAGCUGUCGCUGGCUCGAUCGACGUUAGUCUGGACAGCGUGCUGCUUCCCAGAGCUUCGGUGCAAGACUUCGUGGAGAACCACAGCUCCAGUGGCUCAUUAUUCUUGACCCUCGACGAGUGGCUCGGCACAACCGAGGUGAAGGAAUCGAGGCACCGAGCCGCAUCCCAGAGGGCGCUGCGCGGGCCCUCGUGCACGUUCGAGAGUAUCUUCUCGGUCCCCAGCUCCUGCACGGAAACCAGGUGGGUCGACAAUUGCGGGAAUUCCUGCAGUCAAAGUUGUAGCAGUUGCCCAAGGAUGGCGCAUCCGAACUCGAGCGCCGCUGUGGAGAUCUCCCCACAAGCGAGGUCCAGCGCGGUCGCUCGAUCUUCCCAAGAGCUUGAGUUCUGGGGCGGGAGGCGCCGGCGCCGUUGGUGGGACGCCGUCGUCGAGGUUGUAACCACGGUCGUCCAGGUGGUCGUUUGCACCGUGAGUUGUAUCACAAAUUGCGUGUGGUCGUGCUUUACGAGCGCAGUGGAGUAUGUCUACAAUUGCGUUGUCGACACGGUCGUGAAUGUGAUCAUGAGCUUCGGAGAUUGCUUGUCACAAGUCGUGCAAGCCGUCAACGACGCGGUUGGUAACAUGUGCGGUUUCGAUCUCAUCCCCACAGGCUGCUCCGGCGUCUUUGACUGCAUCUCGCAGGGGGUCAACAGCGCCAUCUCAUUCCUCGAGUGCGGAUUUACUGCGCUCUUGGAUGUGCUUGAGAACAUGGUCAUGGUAAAUCUUCGCUGCAUUCCAAACAUUGUUGACGGCAUCAGGGCGGCCCUGUUCCCCCCGGAGGCCAUCAUUGCUACCGCGGUUGCCCAGGCACUGCUCGAUUUCGGGCAGAGGGUCAUCAACGGGAUCUACUCAGAGGCCGCGGCCGUGAGCAUCGACUUCUGCUGGCACGACGCCCCCGCGGCCGAGUUCACCGACUGUGGCGCCUUCGACUACGUGGGCAGUAUGUCCUUCUGGGACGUGCUUGACAUCUUCGGGAUGACCCAGCGCUUCGCGGACACUGUUGCGAGGUUGACGAACUGCCUCACCAAGACCACGAGCCUCCCCGGAGUGUCCUUCGGCAUCCCCACGCCCUUCCUGCAGGUUGACUGGACGGGUGGCAGCUGGUGCGCACCGAGCUUCGUCCAGACUGCGGCGAAGGGGGUUAUCGGUCUGUUCAGGUACGUGUCUUCAGGGCGCAUGCUCGACGACCUCAUCACCGUGGGCGACAACCUCAUAACCAAUCUUCAGACAAGGCUGGAGGAGGUGUUCUGCGACGAGGGCGACUUCACAGUAACGUUGGGCGUCCACCUCGAGUGGGCGAAUGCUCUGUUUGGAGUCCAGGCCUUGGCUGGAUGUCUGAACGGCGGUUUCGCCGCCCACAUCGUCGGUUUCGCCACGGGCAGGAUUUCAAUCUUCGGUGCCCCAUACAUGCCCACUGCCUCGGUCUUGGCGUUCUUAAGCGUCGAUUGUACGGUGGGGCCUGCGGGCGCUGAGUGGUCGUAUUGGUCGUCCUCCUUGAACGGCAUCAUCUCGGCGGACAAGUACACGGCGAUGGUGUCAUUGCCUCUCUAUCCGCAGCCGAAGCUCGAGUUCGGCUACAUGUUCUCGAUCACGAUCUUGGAAGUAACACCCAGGGUUGCUGCCCGCCAGGAGGAGUUCACAUCGACAUCGCUGCUGCCGUCGCUGCGUGCCCUCUCCGAGGCCACCUCCGACCCGAGCUUCGGCGAAUCUAUCAGGAGCAAGCCGAGUCCCAAGUCGGUCCUCGAGGGGGCCCGCAACGGGUCGCUUCAGAGGUCCGACAUGAAACAAGUUCAGCCCUGGAAAAUCGCAAUUUCCGUCACGAAGAACUUUUGCUUCACUUGUGACGGUUGGGGGCCGACGCCUGCUUGGGUCACGGGCCUGUCCAACAUGGCCAAGCAGUUCAGUUGUGCUGUGGGCCAGGCGAUGGCAGGAGCCUCUUGGGGUGCGCUGGGCCUUUCCCAGUGUUUCGCCAUGGUGACGCAGUGGGAGCUGGCCGGGAACGCCUGCGAGUACUUGUACUCCGACUCGCCGAACGACGGCGGCCUGGGGAGCACGUGCGCUUGCAUGCCGCCCAAUGCGAUGACUUCUGGGGCUUGCUAUGCGCAGGUCGGAAGCAGGGGCAGCGAGGAGUCGUCGGGAUUCGUUGUUUACCGGCAUCAGAGGCUGACUUGCAAGACUGGAAGCGGUUCGGCCUGCAGGACUUGUGUCACGCCGCAGUCACGAAUUGUGAGAGACCAUUGUGAGACUUGCAACGAUGGCUACAUCAUGUCUGGCUACAUCUGCACAGAUACCACGCCAUCGCCAACGCCAAGCCCGUCGCCAAACCCGACGCAGUAUCCGACGCCAGGCCCGACCCCGUUUCCUACGCCGUAUCCGACGCCAUAUCCGACGCCAAGCCCGACGCCAAGCCCGACGCCAAGCCCGACGCCAAGCCCGACGCCAUUGCCACCAGGCGCCACGCAUUCUCCGACGGAGUAUCCGACGGCGUAUCCGACGCCAAGCCCGACGCCGCAUCCCACGCCAAGCCCGACGCAGUGGUUGGAGUCGUUGGGGUCAUCAUCUGGUACUUGCAGCUGCUCCAGCCCACCCUGCGGUUGCAAUUGUUGGGAUUGUACAGAGGCAAAAAAAUCAGCUGGAUGCUGCACCUGCGAUGGAACCACGAAUCAUGGGGCUGCGGCGUGGCACAACUGUGGUUAUGUGGAUGGCAACUCGGGUACAGGUCAUGGUUGCCAAUGGUGCAACGGUUGUUGGCACCAAGGCAAAUGUGGUUGUGCUGCGAACUAUGCGGCUGGCUGGCCAAACUACGACGGUUUUGGUCUCUCGUGCUCGGCAUCUGCUGGUAACUACUUGUCUUAUUACGCACAGACCCAGGCGUCAGGGCCCAUGUUUGAAUACGCCACCGCACAAGAUCAAGGUAGUGGCUCAGUUCCAAAUGGACGCACGUUCUCUGUCGUUGGUGGUUUCAGUUUCGUCGGGUGGGUGCAAAUUCAUAGCUGGACGGGGUCUUAUAAUCGCAUCUGGGAUUUCGGAACAGGUUCAACACCUUCGAUCCGCUUACACAGAAACUCCGCAUCAACUUUGCGAAUUGGUUUUGGCGCAUGGCUGGGAUGGUGUGACUUCCCUAACUAUUGGGCCUUAUCGACGUGGAUCCAUGUUGGGUUCACUCUGUCCACUAGCGGUUUGUGCACAGUAUACAAGAAUGGAGCACAUUUCGGCCAAUCGCAAUUGUGGAGCUUCCCAACUAUUCCAUGGGCCGUUUCUCCGAAUUUCUACGUUGGCCUAAACAAUUGGGUUGGUGAUACAGAUCCCGGUUCGGACAUUACUGCUCGGCAGUUUGCUUGGUUCGAUGCGGCAAUCUCAGCUGCCGAUGUUGCCUCUGCUGCCGGAACGAACAGCCCGACGCAGUACCCGACACCAAGCCCGACGCCGUACCCGACGCCGCAUCCGACGCUAACCCCGACGCCGUAUCCGACGCCGUAUCCGACGUCAUCUCCGACGAAAAGCUUGACGCUAAACCCAACGCCCACUCCCACACCGAGCCCGUCGCCAAGCCCAACGCCAAGCCCGACGCCAAGCCCGACGACGCCAAGCCCGACCGAAAGUCCUACGGGAAGCCCGUCACCCAGCCCGACGCCAAGCCCGACGCCGUAUCCGACGCCGUCUCCAACGUACAGUCCGACAGCUCCGCCCACCUACCCCCCGCUCGGGGAUGUGGCAUCAUCUGGCACUUGCAGCUGCUCCACCCCCCCCUGCGGUUGCAAUUGUUGGGAUUGCACAGCAGCGCGCACUGCUGCUGGAUGCUGCAGCUGCGAUAAUGGUAAUGGUUGCGGUUAUGGCGAUAUGGUGUCUGUGUGCGACGGAUGCAAUGGCUGCUGGAAGGACGGCAAAUGUGGGUGCAGUAGUGAUUCGACUACCUGGCCCUACUAUGACGUAUUUGGUCUCGCGUGCUCGAGCAAUUCGGGCAGCUACUUGUCCUACUACGCAGUGCCACCGACGCCAAUCCCGACGCCAAGCCCAACGCCACACCCGACGCUACUGCCACCGGGCGCCACGCUGUCUCCGUCCUCAAGCCCGACGCCAAGCCCGACGGCAAGCCCGACGCCGUCUCCGACGCUAUCGGAAGCGCAGGCCACUUGCGGCUGCGCCAGCCCACCAUGUGGUUGCAAUUGUUGGGAUUGCACAGACGCGCGUAAGGCGGCGGGAUGCUGCAGCUGCGAGACUGGCUGUGGUUUUUUCGACCUAACAGGGUCUACGUGCGAUGGUUGCACUGGCUGUUGGCACAAUGGCAAAUGCGGUUGCAGUAGUGAUUCGAGUACCUGGAUGUACUAUCGAAGCAUUCGGUCUCGCGUGCUCGAACGAAACGGGCAGCUACCUGUCCAACUAUGCAAAAAUUGUUGGCGAGUACACCGCGGAGGAAGCUCUUCCAGAUGGCGUGACAGCUGA